AUGUCAGCGCUCAGUCUGGUCGCUCUGGUCAGCUUGGUGGUUGCUGUUUCUGCCCAGCAGUUGGACGCGCACCCGCCCCAACAGCAGCACAGACACUGGGCCCAGAUCUGCAGCGGGAAUCCCGCCAACAAGAUCCGGGGCUGCGAUAGAUACGGCUGUGGCCAUUUCGGCGCUGACAGGAAGGGCGGUAAAGGAAAGCAUGGGGGCGUGGACGUCAUCUGCGCCGACGGAGCGACAGUGUACGCUCCCUUCAGCGGCCAGCUCUCCGGACCCAUCCGAUUCUUCCAUAAUGGAAACGCCAUUGAUGAUGGAGUCCAAAUCCAGGGAUCAGGUUACUGUGUAAAGCUCGUCUGUAUUCACCCCAUCCGCUACCAUGGCCAAAUCCAGAGAGGGCAACAACUCGGGAGAAUGCUGCCAAUGCAAAAAGUGUUUCCUGGCAUUAUCUCUCAUAUCCACGUUGAGAACUGCGACCACUCCGAUCCUACUCAUGUGCUUACACCUGUUGUUCCACCGUUCCCACAAGAAGACGGACGCUGGGCAGCGCUGUGCUCUGGGAAUCCUACAAACGAGAUAAGAGGCUGCGAUAGGUACGGCUGCGGAUACUAUGGCGCUCCAAGGCGCAACGGUAAAGGAAAGCACGUCGGUGUCGAUGUCAUCUGUGCUGACGGAGCAACCGUGUACGCUCCCUUUUCUGGCGAGCUCUCUGGACCCAUUAAAAUCUUCCACAAUGGAAAUGCCAUUGAUGAUGGAGUCCAAAUCAGGGGAGCAGGCUUCUGUGUAAAACUAGUCUGCAUCCAUCCCAUCAGAUACCACGGUAGAAUUUCUAAGGGACAAAUCCUUGGAAAAAUGUUGCCAAUGCAAAGAGUAUUUCCUGGGAUCACAUCUCACAUUCACGUCGAGAACUGCAAUCACUCGGAUCCUACUAGCAAUCUCGAAAGGGGGAAAGGGCAAAGAGAGUGAAAUGGAAAUUUCACAUGCAUUCCAAAUAAAUUCAACUCAGCAUCCAGAAG